UGCUCUUGAGAAAUAGAUCACUAUUUUAUCGCAGUGCAAGUUUUAUCACUGAGCAAAUUUACUUAGGCUCAUUACUGUGUUGACAAGAAAUUAGAUUCUUCUUUGGCCCGCAUAGACCACAAGCUGGCAUUGAGAUAAGACCAGGAUCUACCACAAAGCAUAAAGACAUUGUAUAAUUCGAAGAUUCGCCCAAGCGUAGCUCUUCGUAUUUUAUUUGAUUGAGAACUACUUCGCUUGGUUAAGCUCUUAGAAUAUGAAGGAAAUCAAUGAAAGUUAUUACAUAUAUUUCUACGUGCCAGUAGCAUGGUGUCUGCAUAUUUCGCACGGAAUGAUGAACACGGUUAUUGGGCCCAGUCAACUAUACCUUGCUCGAAAUGUGGGCUUGGAGUUGAGUCAGAUCAAUUUCGUCUGGACUUUUGGCUUCAUCGGAUUUGUCCUUGGAAGUUUCACAAUCAGUGCAGUGAUUAAGACGUGGCUGAAGAAGUCAUGGCAGAAAGUAUCUGUGAUGGUACUCUCAGGUCUCAUCAGUGGGUUUUGUAUGAUCCUCCUGCCCUUCAUCACCAAUGCCAUGCUUCUGUUCGCUGUCAGAACCUUGCAAUUCUUCGUGCUAGCUGCGCAGAUCACAGCGGACACCAGUCUUCUGGUGUACAUGCUAGGCUCCUUCAAAGCCAGACCCUUCAUCAUGGCCUUGCACGCAUUCAUAGGAGUGGGCUUCCUAGUUGCCACUCUGCUGGUGAAGCCAUUCCUCCCAGAAGUCAGAGGGGCCGUGUGUCCAGGCAGUACACAAGGAGAGAGUGAAGACUCGCUGUUGAAAACAAAUAUUACAGUUUUUUCACAGUCGGGUGAUUCUGAACAGCCAAAAGAGGCAGAUGCGAGUAUGAUUCACUGGCCAUUCGUCAUAGUGGGCUCAUUCUCCAUGCUCGCUUCCAUAAUGCUAGCCUUCCUUAUAAUCCUGCCCUUCAAAAUACCAGUCUACGAGGAGAAAGAUGAGCUGAAGGAGCAGUCAGUUGAAAUGGCGGAGAAGAGGAAGAAAGGCGUCGAGGUGGAAACAUCGCAUCACAGUACAGGAGGCAAAGUGAAUGUGAAAGCUCAAGUGCUCUUCAUCUGCUUGAUAUUCAUGUACUACGUCAACACGUGUGGCAUCGAGCGCAUCUUCCAGUCCAUGAGCUACUCAUUCGGACUCUGUGGACCAUUAAAGUUGGAUCCAUCAUCAGCAGUUAUCACAGACACUGCUUAUACUGGGGGAUUCAUGUCAGGAAGAAUACUGAGCAUCAUUAUUGCUAAAUUCGUGGAGCCAAGUCGCAUGGUGAUGGUGAGUCUGGCUACUUGUCUGUUGGCGUCUAUCUUCUUAGCCCUAGUGAGUGAGUUCUCAGCAAUGGGACUAUACCUGGGCACAUUUGUGGUCGGAUUCUUCAUUGCUUCUGAGUUCGGGGGAUGUGUCAAUUGGUGUGCUAAGAAGAUGGACAUCACUGGCAAAAUGUCUUCCUCUUUUUUCGCCGGCUGUGGAGUGGGCGGUGCCCUGACCCCUAUUCUCUCUGGCUACCUGUUCGAAUCCGCACUCGGACCCAUGUAUAUCAUGUAUUUUGCAUGCUUCUCAUGCUUACUCCAAUGUGUCAUUUUCGCCAGUGCUUGGACAGUAACCAGAUACGCACAGCUGAAGUAGAAGUAUAUAACACAGAAAAAGAAGAGAACGCGAAAAAGAAGCAAUGAAAUUAAAUGUUCACUUUUCAUGAAAGUAACGCCUUAUUUUAUACUUGAAACGUACUUUUAUACUUUUCUAUAGUGUAUCAAUGAGUUUAAUUUAAGAUAAUAAGUAAUGGAAUUUGUAAUUA